GCAGUGUUGCGCUUUCCUGUUUACGGGCGGGAAGAGCGAACUGUGGGAGCUUCUGGGUUUAAAUCGGCAGCACAGUUCUUUUAAUUCUCCUUCAUGCUAACAGCUUGCACGUUUUGAUGAUUCACAGAGCGCUGCGAGGUCAAGAGGAUACGUUUUAAGUGGACUACUGCUGAAAACAGGGGAUUUUUGGAGACGCAGGGGCAGAUGGAGGAUCCUCCAGCAGAUUCUGGUGGUGGCGGCAGUGCAGCAGCGGAGGGCCCCGCGGUGCAGGUGGCGGAUAUCUGCUGGCCGGCCGGGGCUCUCCCUCUACGGCUCCUAGAGUGGAAAGUUAAACCCGGCUCUCUUGUUAACGUGGACUCCGUGUUAGCUCUGUGUGCUCCCAUACCUCAGGAGAAGGGGGCAGAGGCUGCCAGGCUGCCAGAGAGGAAGGUGAAAUCCAACCGUGCUGGAGUAGUGAAGGAGCUAUGCUGUCAACUUGGACAAGUCAUACCUCCCGGAGGUGUCAUCGCCAGAAUAGAAGAAUGCAGCCAUCCCAUAGUCAUGAAGGGUUUAUGUGCGGAAUGUGGCCAGGAUCUGACUCAGCUCCAGAGCACAAAUGGAAACCAGCAAACUCCCAUCUCCACAGCAACAGUCUCCAUGGUGCACAGUGUCCCCGAGCUGAUGGUCAGCUCUGAGCAAGCAGAACAGCUGGGCAGAGAAGACCAGCAGAGACUCCACCGGAACAAAAAGCUAGUCCUCAUGGUAGAUCUGGACCAGACACUGAUCCAUACCACUGAACAGCACUGCCAGCGUAUGUCCAAUAAGGGUAUUUUGCACUUCCAGCUCGGCCGAGGAGAGCCUAUGCUCCACACACGACUACGCCCACACUGCAAAGAAUUCUUGGAGAAAAUUGCCAAACUUUAUGAGUUGCAUGUCUUCACAUUUGGAAGCCGCCUCUAUGCACACACCAUUGCUGGCUUUCUGGACCCUGAAAAGAAGCUUUUCUCUCACCGAAUCCUUUCUAGAGAUGAAUGCAUCGAUCCAUACUCCAAGACAGGGAAUCUUAGGAAUCUUUUCCCUUGUGGGGAUUCAAUGGUCUGUAUAAUCGACGACCGGGAGGAUGUGUGGAAGUUUGCACCGAACCUCAUCACUGUGAAGAAAUACAUCUACUUCCAGGGCACAGGAGACAUCAAUGCUCCUCCUGGGUCACGGGAAGCUCAGAUGGCCAAGAAAGGAAGCCCCUCAAGUCGACCGGCAGAGAGCACAGAUCAAGGAGGAACACCUGGUGCUGACGAGCAAAAUAAUGGCCUCAAGAAAAGGGCAAAGGGCCACAAUGUUACUGCAAAGGAAGAGUCAGCAACACCUCAAUCUUCUCAGGGAGUACCAACAAAUGAACUGACACACCCCACCGGGGUUGGGGAGGAUGAACUAGGACAAAGUAAAGGGUCAGAGACUGACGCAGAGUCUGGGGCAGAGUCAAAGGAAACUCAGGUGGGUGAUAAAACAGAUGUUAAAGUAGAUGGGACACGAGACGCACAGGAAGGUGCAAAUUCAUCUGCACCAAGCCAUGAAUCCAAUAACUUAGACUUUGAUCUUUCCAGUGACAGUGACAAUGACAAUGACUCCAUUACAGAAAAGCCCCCAUCAACAGACAGUGAUAGUGAGGGCAGGUCUUGCCAGGCAAAGGAAUCUGGUCAGGAAGGAGUCAUGCAGGAGCCCACUGAUGGGAACAGGGAAAGAGAAGGGGACAGUAAAGGACAGGGUGAUGGUGAAAAUAGCUCUGACGUAACAGAACCCUCAGGAGUUCUUCUCCCCGACCCCGAGCUCGGAAAUGGCUGUUCAGACAGGAAAGAGCCAGAAACAGAGUCACAAAACAGUGAACUGUCUGGGGUUACCAUGGGAGAGGAGCUGCUGGACCAGAGUAUGGAAGAUGAAGAGGAAGAAGAGGAAGAAGCUGAUAAUGACCAGGAUGACCACCUGAUCUACCUGGAAGAAGUACUGGAAAGGAUCCACGCAGAGUACUACUCCCGCUACGAGGCCUACCUGAAGAAGGCGGCCCCCGAAAUGCCAGACAUACGCAAGAUUGUCCCAGAGCUGAAGAGCAAGACGCUAGAGGGCACGAUGAUAGUAUUCAGUGGUCUCUACCCCACCAACUACCCCAUGGAGAGGACGCGGGAAUUCUACCAUGCCAAAGCACUUGGGGCCAAGAUUGGCAAAAAUUUGAUUUUUAGCUCCCAAGACCCCAACCGGACAACGCAUCUCAUCGCAGCAAGAGCUGGUACCGAAAAGGUUCGUCAGGCCCAAGGCUACAAGUACCUUCAUGUUGUCAACCCUGACUGGCUGUGGAGCUGUCUAGAGCGCUGGGAGAGAGUGGAGGAGCAGCUGUACCCACUAAAGGAGGAUUACUCUAAAACACCACGGAGCAACAGUCCAGCAGCUUUUCCUGACAAUCAAGGCUCUCUACAGAAGACCAUUUUCCAACCAGCUCCCAUCCACCCCAGACCUCCUCCACCAGCUCCAGAGGUUCGGACCUAUGACCCCGUCACAGGAAAGCUGAUCCGCAAGGGCCCUCAGCUGUCACGUCCACCCCCCCUCGUCCAGGCGUCAGGGUCUUCAUCGCUCGCUGAUCCCAGAGAGCAGUCUAGUCUCAGGGGAACUUCACAAAGUCAGCAAGAAGAGGCUCCUCAAGGUGACGGCGACCCAGGACCGUCUCGUCGAAAACGGCAGCCAAGCAUGUCAGAUAUAAUGCCUCUAUACACACUGUGCAAGGAGGACCUCGAAAGCAUGGACAAAGAGGUGGACGAAAUCUUAGGCGAGGAAAGCGACAACGAGAGUGACAGCGAGAGUGAAGGCCCAGGGAAGGAGAAGUCAAGUAACGAGGAGAUGGAGGAUGAGGAGACGGUGGAGAAGCAGCAGCAGCAGCAGCAGCCAGGAGCUGGACAGGCAGCUGAGGGAAGGCUUGGUCCUCAGGCGCUGAGCGUGGAGGAGAGGCUUCAGACACCUUCCAGUGAGGCCACUGUGUCCCAUAGUGUCCCAAGGGGCCACAAACGUAAGCUCGAUGAAGCCAAGGAGGACGAAGACGCAGACGAUGUGGAGGAGAAGCAGGAAGGGAAAGACUCCAACGAGGAAGAGGAAGGCAGCAGCUCGGAGGCAGGAGAGAUGCUCGCCGCCUUGGAGGCAGAACUCAAUGACUUCAUGUGAGGAAACUGAAGGGGCUCAGUCACCGCAAAGAGACAACAAACACCCAACCCUAGUCGGCCCCACAAUUGGUACAUAAAAACUUAUUUUUCUGCUUUUGGAGUCUGUGUGUUAUUAGGAUGUAUGAGCCAUGAAUGUGUGCUGUAAUAAACAGUCUAUGUCCUGUACAGAAAUGACACAUCGCGGUGUAAAUAAAGGCUUAGAUUGUUGUAGCAUUGAUAUAUAGCCUUUUUGGCAUAAACCCUUUGAUGUUAACAUUUUAUUGUAAGAUAACAAACUGUAGGAGACAUGACAUUUGAUACUUUUUGGUUUUUCUAUUUCAAUUUUUAUAAUGAUGAGAAAAAAGAUGAGUGAAAACUGUACAUUUUGCUGACUGUACAUGCCAAAGAGUUUGAAAUAGGUUUGCCAAGGCGUGCAGCUAAAGAUUUUACUCUCGACUUCCAGUUUUAGUAUGGUUUUUUUUGGCCUCCUCAACAGUUUUUUUAGUGUCAUAAACGCAACCAGCGGAUCGAGACGUUUGAAUGUGUUUCUUCCUCCUCAUAGUGUUUGUACAUUUGAUUACAGAAUAA